AUGGCUAAGAGCGGGGACCCCAAGAAGGGCGCCCGACAGCAUGUUUCGGGCCAAUCCAACCGCCCGCUGAGCCGCCCGGCUCACGCCCUCACCUUCGAGCAAGUCGCCGCCGAGCUCGACGCCGACCUGCUCUCUGGCCUGAGUGCGCACGAGGCCAGCGUCCGGCUCCAGCAGUAUGGUCGCAACGAUCUGGGCGAGGAGGAGGGCGUGCAGCCGAUCAAGAUCAUCAUUGCCCAGAUCGCUAACGCCAUGACCAUGGUGCUUAUUCUCGCAAUGGCGGUUAGCUUCGGCAUCAAGUCGUGGAUUGAGGGCGGCGUCGUCGCUGCUGUCAUCCUGUUGAACGUCGUCGUCGGGUUUUUCCAGGAGUACACGGCUGAAAAGACCAUGGACUCUCUGCGCAGCCUCAGCUCGCCUACCGCGAACGUCGUGCGCGACGGCGAGACCAUCGUCAUUCCCUCUGGAGAGGUUGUUCCUGGCGAUCUGGUUGAGGUUAAAAUGGGUGAUACCAUCCCUGCCGACAUUCGGCUGAUCGAGGCCAAGAACUUUGAGACGGACGAGGCCCUGCUCACCGGUGAGUCGAUGCCCGUUCGCAAGCGCGAGAACCUGGUCUUCGAUGAUGCCACCGGCCCUGGCGACCGCCUCAACGUCGCCUACAGCAGUUCAACUGUCACCAAGGGUCGCGCGAAGGGCAUUGUCUACGCUACCGGUACCUUCACUGAGAUCGGGGCCAUUGCGUCGGCCCUCAAUCAGAAGGAGUCCCGCGUGCGUCCUGUCAAGCGCAAGCCUAAUGGCAAGGCUGGUCCUCAUCGCUACCUCGAGGCCUACACACUCACCCUCGGCGAUGCCAUUGGCCGUUUCCUUGGCGUCAAUGUCGGCACUCCCCUGCAGCGCAAGCUCAGUAAGCUUGCCAUGCUUCUCUUUGGCAUUGCCGUUCUGUGCGCGAUCAUUGUCCUGGCCGCCAACAAGUUCCAUACGACUCAGGAGGUCAUCAUCUACGCUGUUGCUACUGGCCUGUCGAUGAUUCCCGCUUCUCUCGUUGUGGUCUUGACCAUUACCAUGGCUGCCGGCACCAAGCGUAUGGUUAAGCGCAACGUCAUUGUCCGCAACUUGAAGUCUCUGGAGGCUCUCGGCGCCGUCACCGACAUUUGCAGUGACAAGACGGGUACCCUUACCCAGGGCAAGAUGGUCGCUCGUAAUGCCUGGAUUCCUGGUCUUGGUACCUACACCGUUGAGCUUACCUCGAAUGAGCCCUUCAACCCUACCAAGGGUAACAUCCGCUUCGACUCCCGCGAGCCACAUCAGAUCAAUUGGCGCCCUCGCUCUGACAGCGAGAAGGACGCCCACCAAGGCACCAUCCAAACCAUUGCCGAUCUCAUCGCUAAUGGCAAGGAUCGUCUCGAGCAGUUCCUCAAUGUUGCUUCCCUGGCCAAUGUUGCCACCGUCUUUGAGAAAGAGGGAGAGUGGCACGCCCGUGGCGACCCCACUGAGAUCGCGAUUCAAGUGUUUGCUAGCCGCUUCGGCGCCAACCGCCGUAACAAAGUGAACGUCGACCAUGCCGAAUGGACCGACGUAGCUGAGUUCCCCUUCGACAGUGAUAUCAAGCGCAUGAGUGUCAUCAUGAAGCACAAUCCGACCGGUGAGCACCAUGCCUUCACCAAGGGCGCUGUUGAGCGGAUCCUCCGUGUCUGCAGCCACUAUCGCUCUGUUGAUGACAACGAUAUCGAGGGCCAGACGGUCAGCCCCAUGACCGAAGAGUUCCGUAGCCAAGUCAUUCGCAACAUGGAAGUGUUCGCCGGUCUUGGUCUGCGUGUGCUGGCUCUUGCCCGCCGCAAGCUGGACGAGUCCCUCCACGCCAACGAGGACACCGACCGCAAUGAUGUCGAGCGUGACCUGAUCUUCCUCGGCCUCAUCGGUCUGUACGAUCCUCCGCGCCCCGAGUCUGCUCCUGCCGUCCGGGAAUGCCACGAGGCUGGUAUUAGUGUUCACAUGCUCACUGGUGACCACCCCGCGACGGCCCAGGCCAUCGCCAUGGAAGUCGGCAUCCUUCCUAAGCAGAUGGAGCGUGUCAGCGCCGAAAUGGCCAAAUGCAUGGUCAUGACUGCUGGCGAGUUCGAUGCCCUGAGCGACGAGGAGAUUGAUAAACUCCCCGUGCUUCCUCUGGUCAUUGCUCGUUGCGCUCCUAGCACUAAGGUCCGCAUGAUUGAAGCUCUCCAUCGCCGUGGUAAGUUCUGCGCGAUGACCGGCGACGGCGUCAACGACUCUCCUUCGCUUCGCCGUGCCGACGUCGGCAUUGCCAUGGGUCAGGCAGGCUCCGAUGUUGCCAAGGAUGCCUCCGACAUUGUCCUUACUGAUGACAACUUCGCCUCCAUCGUCGCUGCCAUCGAGGAGGGUCGUCGUAUCUUCGACAACAUUCAGAAGUUUGUCCUGCACGUCUUGGCUGAGAACAUUGCCCAGGCAUGCACCCUGCUUAUUGGUCUGGUGUUCAAGGAUGCUUCUGGCCUUUCUGUCUUCGCCCUUGCCCCCGUUGAGAUCGUCUGGAUCAUCAUGGUCACCUCUGGCAUGCCCGACAUGGGUCUCGGCUUCGAGCGUGCCGUUCCCGACAUCAUGCGUCGUCCUCCUCAAUCCCUUAAGACUGGUAUCUUCACCAAGGAGUUCUUGAUUGACAUGGUUGUUUACGGCAUUUGGAUCGCUGCUCUCUGCCUAUGCAGCUUCGUCCUCCGCGUCUACGCCUGGGGCGAGGGUAAUCUCGGUAGCAACUGCAACGACGCCUGGUCCGAGAGCUGCGAGACUGUCUUCCGUGCCCGCGCCACCACCUUCGCCUGCCUAACCUGGUUCGCCCUCUUCCUCGCCUGGGAGCUCGUCGACAUGCGCCGCUCUUUCUUCCGCAUGCAGCCUGGCUCCACCAAAUACUUCACCCAAUGGUUCUACGAUGUCUGGCGCAACCAGUUCCUCUUCUGGGCUAUUAUCAUCGGCUUCAUCACGCUCUUCCCGACCCUUUACAUCCCCGUCAUCAACCACAAGGUGUUCAAGCACUCAGGAAUCAGCUGGGAGUGGGGUAUUGUCUUCAUCUGCGCCGGUCUCUUCUUCACCGGCGUCGAAGCCUGGAAGUGGGGCAAGCGCGUCUACCUUAGGCGGGCGGCCAAGAAGCGCACCGGUGCGAAGUCCUGGAAGGAUCUGGAUAUCGAGGAGCGCGUCUUUGGCGACUACUUCACCAGCGGGUACGAGAGUGGUGAUACCGUUGUCGCCGCUAGCGGUGCUAUCGAAGAUAAGAAUGCUCGCAUCGCUGCUAACGGACGGGAUUGA